GGCGACGGCUCGUGCUCUCAGCUACACCAGGGCGGACUUUCCCCAGGACUUCGUCUUCGGGGCCGGCACGUCGGCCUACCAGUACGAAGGGGCGACGGAUGAGGACGGAAGAAGCCCAAGCAUCUGGGACACUUUUACUCAUGCAGGGAAAAUGCCAGACAAGAGCACCGGCGAUUUGGCCGCAGACGGCUACCACAGAUACAAGGAGGAUGUGGAGUUGAUGAGCGAGACUGGCCUGGAGGCCUACCGGUUCUCCAUUUCUUGGUCUAGGCUCAUUCCAAGAGGAAGAGGACCCGUCAAUCCCAAGGGGCUGGAGUAUUACAACAACCUGAUAAACGAGCUAACAAAACGAGAAUAUUCGGAACAGUCUUUCUCAUGCUCAGAUGGUUAUGCCGUCCAACCUUAUGCAGGAAUCCAGAUACAUGUGACUCUGUACCACCUCGAUUUCCCUCAGAUCCUGGAAGACGAGUACCAUGGCUGGCUGAGCCCCAGGGUCGUGGAUGACUUCACGGCGUUCGCGGAUACGUGCUUCCGGGAGUUCGGCGACCGGGUGCAGCACUGGACCACCAUGGACGAGCCCAACGUGAUCUCCGUCGCCGCCUACGACAGCGGCGCCUUCCCACCGUGCCGCUGCUCGGCGCCCUUCGGGAUCAACUGCACGACGGGGGACUCCACCGCGGAGCCCUACACCGUGGCACAUAACUCCAUCCUCGCUCACGCCUCCGCCGUCAGGCUCUACAAGGAAAAGUACCAGGCCACGCAGAAGGGCGUCGUCGGCAUGAACGUCUACAGCUUCUGGAACUACCCCUUCUCCUCUAGCCCUGCCGACAUCGCCGCCACCCAGAGAUCGCUGGACUUCAUGAUCGGCUGGAUCUUGGACCCCUUGGUGUAUGGAGACUAUCCUGAGAUCAUGAAGAAGAAAGCUGGAUCACGGCUUCCAUCAUUCACAAAAGAACAGUCGGAGCUAAUCCGUGGAGCCAUCGAUUUCGUCGGUAUAAACCACUACACGUCGGUGUACGUGAGCGACAGGAAGAGCAGCGCCGACACCAGCCUCCGGGACUACAAUGCCGAUAUGUCGGCCACCUUCAGAAAGUCAAGGAAUGAUAGUGGUACUGGUCAGUUUAUCCCUAUCAACAUGCCGAAUGAUCCGGAAGGGCUGCAGUGUAUGCUCAAGUACCUCACGGACAGAUACCCGAGCAUUCCUAUCUACGUGCAAGAAAAUGGCUAUGGACAGCUCUUGGUCGACUCGGUUAAUGAUCAUAACAGAGUGGAGUACUUGAGUGGCUACAUCGGCAGCACGCUGGCUGCACUCAGGAACGGAGCCAACGUAAAGGGCUACUUUGUUUGGUCAUUCAUGGAUGUGUUCGAGCUACUAGCGGGCAAUUAUUUGCGAUACGGACUGCACUACAUCGACUUUCAGGAUCCUGGGCUGGCAAGGCAGCCAAAGCUCUCUGCCAAGUGGUACUCCAAGUUCUUGAGGAGUGAAAUCGGGAUAAACUUAGAGAACAUGGUUAGUCCCAAUGCAAGGUCACAUGCUCAGGAAUGAGGUUAACUAGCACUCUAGCAGUGCAUAGAAAUCAGGUUGGAGUGGCUACAAAAACAAGCAAAAGAUCAGACCGUUGCUUAUAGCUUUUCUUGUUCAUUUUACAAAGAAUAUUUGUUCGUCUUUCUUGAUCAUGGCUCACCAUCUUACUUGAUCGUGGCUCACCAUCAGGUGUUUCUUUGAUGAGCAAUAGGUUAUAGGUGUAUACUGUUCUUGUUGUCAUGACCCAUUACACCAACCUAGGUAAUCAGAGAUAA